UCGAUUUUUACCAAUUUUCGAGCCAGUUGACGAUCUCAUAUACGAUGUGGUUGACGUAAUUACGUAUCAUAUGCGACUUGUUGCUUCGUCGCGAACUUUGAAAUAUCUGCUAAUUUCACGAACAUACCAUCAUGAAGCUCAGUUGGUUAUUAUUAAUCGUCUUCGUCGUUCUGUGGGACUCCUCUGAUGUCAUAAACGGAAACAUACAUAGCUCGGCCACAUCACAGUUGGAAGUAUCGUCGAAUAAUGACUGCGAGCAAAAGAAAUCGGCCGAUGAAUUUCCAGCGGAUGUAUUUUCCCAACAACAAAGGAUCCACGGUGCUUUUCUUAUUCAUCUACUCGUCUUGGCCUAUUGUUUCUUGUUCGUGGCGUUCGUUUGUCAAGAUUAUUUUUUACCAGCCGUUUUCUGCAUUUGUUCAGAGCUUCGGGUAUCACCAGACGUGGCAGCAGCCACAUUCAUGGCAUCAGCCACAUCAGUGCCGGAGAUGUGCAUCAACGUCAUCGCCACAUUCGUGACAAAAUCAGAUCUCGGAAUCGGUACCAUCGUCGGUGGCUCUGUUAACAACACGUUGGCCGUAGCAGGUGUGGCCGGACUAGCCGUACGAAAGAGUAUUAAGCUGGAAAAGUGGCCGUUAUUGAGAGACAGUUUUAUCCAUAUAUGUGUGCUGGCAGUUUUGGCGUUAAUACUUUCAGAUGGCAUUGUAGUAUGGACCGAAGCUCUCGUUUUAGUAGUUUUGUACUUCAUUUAUUUCUUUGUUAUGUUAACGCAAAAGCGUAUACACUCUUUCAUUUGUAAACUUACCAACUUUACGAGUUUCCUGUUUCCGUGUGCUCGUAAACGAGUCUACAAUGUGCAGAGAGCUGAAAUAUACACAGUUUGCGAUCGUAUUGACAAUAACGUGAAGCUGAAACCUACUCAAGACCAGUCUAAACCUCCCAAAGAUAUCAUCGAGCUUUACGAAGCUGAAAAGCAGAAUAAAAUUUUAAAAUUAUGGAAGUGGUUCACUUUCCCUAUACGAUUUCUUCUAUCGUCGACGGUUCCAGAUUGCAAAUCUCGUACAAGAAUUUAUCCCCUCACAUUCAUAAUGAGUGUCGUCUGGAUUGGAUUGUGUUCUUACGUUGCAUGUUGGAUGACCACCAUUUUAGGAGAAACAUUUAAUGUGCCAGAUAUCGUCAUGGGAAUGAUAUUUUUAUCCGUUUGUGGGAACAUACCAGAGACUUCCUCGGCUUUCAUUAAUGCUAGAAAUGACAUUGGCUCGAUGAGCAUCAGUAAUACUUUAGGAGCGAACACAUUGGACAUACUGCUCAGCUUGGGAAUGCCUUGGUUGGUGAAAACUUCGCUACCUCAAUCGUACGGGGGUGGGUCAGUGCACUUAUCAACCGGUGACCUGCUAUUCAACUGCAUCGGACUGGCGUCCAGCGUGCUGAUAUUAAACAUAAUAGCGGCCGUUAACCACUACCGCAUGAACAGGAUAUUCGGAUUUUCGUGUUUAUUCAGUUAUUUCGGCAUUAUUGUAUUAUUUGUAAUCGUAAGUUUAGGAAUUGUGGGUAUAUUUUCGGUCAGCAAUGGUACGGCUUGUUGAUUCUGGCGCUCGUUUAUACGUCUUUCUGUACACAAUGCUAUACACAGACAGACAGAGCUACGGGCUGAAUAUGCGAAGGAGAGGGCGACGACUGACGCGACGCGACCAAACGAUCGAAAUCUACGUAGUAUUUUAUUGAGUAAACCUCGUCAGCUUUUCAACUACAUACUUUCUUUCCCUGUUUCCCUUCACUUGUUACCCGAUCAUAGUGGUCGUAAUCGACGAUCGUUAGAAAAACACUCUCUCCUUCUUUGUCUCUCUCGCAGGCAAAUAUUAAUACACGAGAAACUGUAUUGUAAUGUAUUCAAAUUUUACGUAGAGUAUUUCAUUGGUAAAACGGCACGGUGGCCCUACAUUCUGCGGCGAGGUACGAGUAUUCCGCCAUUUUAAAACAAAUAUAUAAGCUCAUUUCAGAUGCAUAAAUUGUUCAGGGAUUUCGGAAUCCCCUGUUGAGAAGAUAAUCAAAAUACUAUGAACUCUAUGGUGGCACAAGUGAAGAUUAAUUCUAGUCAACGGUCUAUUGCUUUCGGUAUAUAGCCCAGUAUCUUUCGAUGCUCACCCUGCUCCUUUCGCUCUGUCCAGUCCUCAGUGUCGCUUUAUUCCUCUACGCCUUACUUGCCUACCCAUAUCUUCUCAAUUUUCGCUGUAUUCUGGCUGUCCUUCUCUGCACGCACCUAUGCCUAGUAUCAGACAUCGGUAAGGCGAGACCGAAAGGGAAUAGUCGUAGAUACUCCUUGAAACUAGCUCAUAAUAUAAUCUUAUACGAUCGCUACCUAUGGAUGGCGGUGUGCGUUUAGAGAACGGACGAAACCCGUUAUGAAUAUCUUAAAUGCUUAAUUACUUCUAAAGUUGGCAACAUUUUACCCGGCUUCGAGUUUCCGUCGUUUGUGCAACGUUCACCUAUCUUAGGCCGGCUCUUCAGUCUCUUCUCUACGCGUCGAGCAAUUGAAUUUUGAUAACGAUAUAUCAACAACUUCGACUCGCGAAUCGAUUUCGGAUUUCAUUACACUCGGAGAAUCUUCUCACUUAGUCUAAAUCUACCUCCUAUGUAUAAAUCCGAGAUUAUUAAAUAGGUUUUAUUAUUAUUACAUAUUCGCACCAGGGUUUUAGAUACCUUGCUGUCGUGGUGUACAAAAUUAUACCUUAUACGCCGCCACAUAUACAUAAGGGGUCUAUGUUCUACCCUCUGCUUAUGUCUACGAAGCCCAAUAUACGUACAUGUAGUUUUCCAUUGCUAUAGUUAUCUGCAUUAUACAUAUAACUGUGAUAAUAAUGGCGCGAUGAUUCGCACCCAUGCAUACACCACGACUGCCACAUUAUUUACAGCUGUUUAGCGCGGUGAAGUUAUUAUUCUCGAGUAAUAAUUAAUGACGAUUAUUCGAACUGCCAUCCACUUAAAUCAACAUAAGCUCUGAAAGGCAAUGUUGGGAGUUUAUAUUGAGUCCGAAUUCUUUAGAUAAGCCAUGUUGAUUAUUCACUUUGGGGAAUUAAUCAUGAUACCUAUACAUACUUGAAUUUACUUGGUAGUUAAAAAAUUGUGUCAUUUUUAUGUAGGUAGAUACCUUAUCUUGAUUUAUAUUUCCUUUCUUAUUGAUCGAGAAAAUUUAUUAUGAGUAAAGCUUAAUUUAUAUUA